AUGGACGAGCGACAGAACAUUUGGCAAAGUCGCUUUUAUACAGUUCCUAAAGCGUAUAUGAGCUUGAUAGGGAUAUGGCCCUAUCAUGCAUUUCGCGACAGAUGUAUGCUCUUUGUGCCGAUGUUUACGUUCUCCAUCACCAUCCUUAUACCCCAACUAUUAUAUCUUCUAAUCGCCGCGACAGAUAUCGACGAUGUGUUCUCAUGCACUCCGUCGAUGUGGAUUACCAUAAUAUUCAGCUUCAAAUUAGGGUGGUUGAUGAUAAAUAAUAGGAAAUUGAAGACUUGUCUCAGAACGAUGGAGGACGAUUGGUUGUCGUUGAAUACAGAUGUUGAAAGGGCCAUUCUACGGCGACACACCACAUAUGGGUGGUACAUCACGCUAACGUACGGAAUCUUCAUGCAGUCCGUGGGAAUCCUCCUCAUAACGAAAUCGCUCAUGGUGAUGUUGCUGGAGGAUACUUCGGACGCGACGGUGUCUUCCCUAGUGGCAGAAGCUAAGCUACCCCUCCGCGUGGAAUACGGGAAAACAUUAGACCAGUACUUGUAUCCCAUGGCGAUGCAUUGUUAUCUAGCAGUAUUCUCCCACAUCAGCAUCACGAUCGCAGUUGACUCCUGCUAUAUCGCUUUGAUUCGGCACGCGUGCGGGAUGUUCGCAAUUGUUGGACACACGCUGGAACACAUUGGCAAGGACAGCAACAGCAAUUUCAAUCUGAAACCCGACAAGGUAAAAGAUGACAAUUACAACAGAGCUUUGGGCUGCCUGCGCAGGCAUCUGCAUGUGAUACAAUUCGCGGAACUGAUCGAAUCUACGUUCACAAAUAUAUUCCUGGUCAGUGUUUGCCUGAACAUGAUUGGCGGCAGUAUGAUCGGCAUACAGGAAUCUGUUAAUAGUUAUUGUGUAACAAGUGCGGGAAGUUGA